GUCAAAUGUAUCAUCAUUCGAAGAUUUUCUACAUUUUAUGUUUUUUUUUUUCAUUAGUUCUUUACGCUAUUAUACGCCAAUCGCAAACUGUUUCCAGCAGUGGUGAGACCUGUGCUACGAGUUUGACGGACACGACAUCAAAACUAUACGGAAAGAAAGAGAAAAAAGAACCCCAAAAAAUCGAAAUCUAUUUGCAGUUUUUUUUCGUCGACGAUUUUUUCUUUCUUCUUCAGUGUGUUGUGUGCGGUGUUUUAAUUCUAGAAAUCAAUAAAGUGCAUUGGAGCCAAUACGCUAAAAGAAAAUCCAACAGGCUUAAACAAACCGAACCAACAAGAGAAAAAAAAAGAAACAUAAAACAUUUCUUGUGGCGCCUUUUUGUUCUUUGCUUUGGCGAGGAAUUCAAGAGCUCCAACGAAUCACAAUUGAACUAAAGAGCAAACAAAGACAUUCGGCCAUUGGCACGCGCAUUGAUUUCAUCCCAAUCUAAGGUCAUAUUACGAAGUAAGCCACCACCACAACAACAUGCCGCUCUUUGGGAAAUCACAAAAGUCACCGGCCGAAUUGGUGAAAGCACUGAAGGAAGCCGUUACUGCACUGGAGCGAGGCGAUAAAAAGGCGGAAAAGGCUCAAGAAGACGUUAGCAAAAAUUUAGUUCUUAUCAAAAACAUGUUGUAUGGAACAUCCGAUUCGGAGCCACAAACUGACUACGUCGUAGCACAACUGUCACAAGAAUUGUACAACAGCAAUUUAUUGUUACUUUUGAUUCAGAAUCUGAAUCGCAUUGAUUUCGAGGGCAAGAAAGAUGUGGCACAAGUUUUUAAUAAUGUACUUAGACGGCAAAUUGGCACUCGGUCACCGACUGUUGAAUACAUUUGCACAAAACCGGAAAUUCUAUUUACGUUAAUAGCUGGCUAUGAACACCAAGAAAUCGCACUGAACUGUGGAACAAUGUUACGUGAAUGCGCACGGUACGAAGCAUUGGCCAAAAUUAUGUUACAUUCAAAUGAAUUCUUCAAUUUUUUCCGUUACGUUGAAGUUUCAACAUUUGACAUUGCAUCUGAUGCAUUUUCUACGUUUAAGGAACUACUAACACGUCAUAAAAUGCUGUGUGCUGAAUUCUUGGAGGCAAACUAUGACCAGGUGUUUACACAUUAUCAGCAAUUGUUAAGCUCAGAGAAUUAUGUAACACGUAGACAAAGCUUAAAACUAUUGGGCGAAUUGCUAUUGGAUAGACAUAACUUUACAGUAAUGACUCGGUAUAUUUCAAACCCAGAAAAUUUGAAGCUUAUGAUGAAUAUGCUAAAAGAGAAAUCGCGUAAUAUUCAAUUUGAAGCCUUCCACGUGUUCAAGGUUUUCGUGGCAAAUCCAAACAAACCGAAGCCAAUAUUGGAUAUAUUGCUGCGAAAUCAGGAGAAAUUGAUAGACUUCCUAACGAAAUUUCACACCGAUCGAUCGGAAGACGAGCAGUUUAACGACGAAAAAGCCUAUUUGAUUAAGCAAAUCAAAGAACUGAAACCGAUAGCAAGCAGCAGUGCAGCUGGUGCAUCAUCAAAUGCUGGCGGUGGUGGUGGUGGCGGCAGCAGUGGUUCGGCCGCCAAUUCGAAUGCGACAACACCGACCACACCCCCCGGUCCAUCAAUAUCGGGUUCAGGAGCAGCACCCGAGCUAGAUUCACCGAUAGCGUCGAUUGUGGAUGUUGUCGAAGCGGAGAAUGCAGCCGCAGUUCCAGCUCCAUCGGAUCACUCCAAAGACCAAUAGUUUAUUAUUAUUGAAACAAUUUUAUUUGCCAUUGCCGACCCAAACAAUAAUUCGCAUACACACGGGGAUUUGCUCGGGGAUGUCCACAGCAGCCUAUUACUAUCAAAACCAAGUUUAGUAUUUUAACAUCGUUUGAGGCAUUCUUCGAAUGGAAAAUGGGUAUUCAGUUGAAAAGAAAUUGAUUGAUUUGCUUUUUGGUCUGUUCAUUCGUUCAUUCUGUCUAGCACAUCAAUUUUAAAACUCUUAUGCGUGGGAAUCCCAAAGGAGCAAUGACAAUGUGUACGAUUACGUUCCUAAGUGCUUGAAAAAUUCAAUAAAAUUAGAUGUUUACACGUGUACUAAUUUAUUAUAAACAAGGAAGUGAAAGAAACGAACCAACAUCGUAUCGUGUGCGGCUUAAAAGUCUCUCUGCCUCUCUCUCUGUCUAUCUAUAUCUCUUGGACAUCGAGCAGAAUUGCAGGUGGAACACAAUAAAUGUUGUGAGAUCUAGAAAAAUAUCUAUCAGUAAAUAUAUCACUGAAACGCUUUAGAAUCAGCCUUCAAAACUAAUUUUGAACUUGAAUUUUUUUUUUGUUCAUCGAUGCAAUGGAUUUUAGAUGUAAAUCGAUUGUCAAUCAUUUUCGCUUGGAACCAUUUCAACCCUUCGUUUUUUUUUGUUAGGAAAGAAACACGUUUCAAUCGAAUUUAUGUUUGAAACAACGACCAUUGCACAGGUAUUGAAUAUUCGCAUGAAAUGUCGGGACACUUAAAGCGGUGCGUAUGGCAGGAUUAGACAAUAGGCAGUUUUUUUAUUGAAUCAAAUAGGAAUUUAUCAAUUGAAACAAAAAAUAUGAUGAACGGAAAAAUGACAGAAUCUGUAAUAGUAAUAAUUUUUUUUUGCAUCACAGCGAAUGGAAUGUGCAUUGAAUAUUGGUUUAGCUACUAGGUUUGUCUUGUAAGGUCAAUGAUAACCGUGAAUUGAUUGAAUGAGCUGGGCGAAAAAAUAAGAUGAUAUUUAAAAAAAAAAUCAAAUAAAUUAUCACAACCAAACCAAAUUGACUGAGAGAGAAAAUCAUCAUCACUUUUACAGAAGAAAAAAUCAAUACAAAAACCAAAAUUGGCUCUUACAGUGAACAAAACAAAAUUGAUCAUUUAUUAUUACUGCAAACAAUAAAAUAUCUCAAACAAAA